AUGUAUAGUGAAUUGCUAAAUUCAACCAGUGCCACUGAAGCUCAUCUAAUCAUUCAGACCAACACUCCCUACCUGGGCAGCACCCCGAGACCCGUGAGCUCCUCUGCUCUUUACAUGUCGACAGCCAGGGCGUUGAAAGAAGGGGAAAUAAAUAAGCCAGACCUGGUGACUUACAUCAUUCUGUUUUUCUUUCUGCUCUUGACCGUGACAUUCAUUGUGCUCUUCAUCAACUGCCAGCUGAAAAAUUCUUUCUUUGCCACUCUUCCUUACGACAGAUCGCUCAGGGAAGCGAGGAGCCCGUGGAGGACACAAGCUGUCUGACACCUCCCAGCCCGGCAGGAGCGGGCACCGCGCUCCCUGUGACACGAGGAGUCAGUGCCAUGUGCAGCCAACGGAUGUGACCCCCGGCAGAGGAGGACACGGCUGAAAAAUAAGCUGUCUGCCAAUCCAAGUAGCUGUAAAUAAAAAGCUCUGUUAUGCAGAGAAUGCUUUAGCAAAUUUAUACGGUUUUGGGCAAAAAAAACCAAAAACAAACAACCAAAAAAAACCAAACGCCCGUGAUUCCAGAUUAAGCUCUAUAUGUAUGCAAAUGUCAUCAUCCACCCAUUGAGUGGCCAUACAAGGAUAAUUGUAUUAACAACAAUCUCUGAUUUGGGCAUCUGGUGGAGCUUGUUCCCCGUGUUUAUGAAACUACAGCGUCAAAUGGAACAAACACAGUGGAUUUACCUCCCAGCCCCACGCUGAGGAGAUGAGUUUACUUUCCAGACUCAUUUCUCCCAACUGCUGCUGGAGCUGCAUGGAGAUGCCCUGGGAGGCCUGCCAGGCAGGGGGAGAAAAUGAAAAACGUUUAUUUAGACUUUUGAUGGUCAUUCUGUUAAGGGUGUUUUCAAUGUCUGAAUGCAUCAUCCAUCGGGUUUUAAGUUACCAGUUGUGUGAAACACUUAAUACUUAAGGAAUUUGUUUUCAACUCUCAUAAGCUACAAAGGAAAUUGUUUGCCACGGCAUGAAACCAAAAUAAUCAGGAUGGGGAGAAGUGGGGAGGGAAAAUGAAUAUCAUUAAUACCAUGUAAACUAAUGAAAGGGGAGAGCAAAGUGCUCUGAGUUCAACACACGAAGUGGAGAACUUCUGAAAGCCAUAAACCACAGCUUUAGAGAGAUAUUUGCUUUACUGCACAGUAUCCUCACUCCUUGUUCUUUAUAUAAAUUAGAAGCAUGAGUUAUCAAUAUGGCAACAGCUUGAUUCAACACCACCAUUUUUAAAUUAUUAAAAACCUGAUUUUGUUCUAAAAGCUUCUGCUUAACCCUGGCAGCUGACACGCUGUUUUAUAGAGGCUGAUUCCCUGUAAACCUGCAGUUACAGCACAAUUCCAGGUCAAGCUGCAUGAACCCCAGAACAGCAUCUGUAAUUCCCACAAACAGUGGGCUAAGGGCUUUUCUUUUUUUUCCCUUCUUUUUUUUUUGAUUCCAAUGGCUCAAAACACAACAGAAGUGCAAAUAUUCAGAAACAACGAGUCCUAAACCCUAUUUUAGCUCCAGUUUGGGGUAUAUUCCAUCUGUCAGUGGAAUGGGGUUCAAAUGGUAUAAGAUGCUGUGUCCCUAAAUACAGUCUUAACCUGCAGAGUGCAACAGAGGAGCUGUGUGUGUAUAUAUGUAUAUGUACAUAACUUAUUUCAUCCAGAAGAGGAGAUUUUACAAUGCAAUUACACACUCAUAAGGCUUGCACUCAAGCACAGAGACAAAAUGUGUAUAUACAGGAGUCUGUCUGCAAGCUUUUUUUUUACACAGAAAUUGCACAGUUAAUAAGAGUUCCAUGUCAUUGUCUUGGUUACCAUGGUUUAUUUUGCUCAAGUUAAACCACUAAAUAACAGGGUUUAAUAUUUUAUUCCUUUACAGGUGGCCAAUAUUUCCUCUGAACCAAAUUUAACUGGUGUAAUUCCGGGCAGUUACUCUAAUGUAGAAAGCAAGAAUAAAUUCAAGUGUGUUUCUCUCAGCCCUUUUUGAAUAAAUCAAGUUUUAUCAAA